AUGCUGCUUGAGAAGAAGAAGACUGACGAAGACAAGAACGACACAAUCCUAGCAACCAUCUCCGGCAAGGAGGGGGACAUUGAGAAUGGUCACAUUUCUUCGCUGGACGAGGCCGAGCUUUUCCUGCGAGAGCAUGGCAUUUCACAUUCCCAACUUCAGGAGAUGCUCGAUGAUCCCGUUAAAUCUCGGAGGAUUAGAAGGCGGGUUGAUUUGAUUCUUCUGCCUCUUCUCUGUGGUACAUACGCCUUGCAAUAUAUCGACAAGCAGGCCCUCUCCUACAGUGCAGUCUUUGAUCUUUUCAAAGAUGCCCACAUCGAUAGUAAUGAGUAUAGCUGGCUCGCCAGCAUUUUCUACUUCGGUUAUCUCUUCUGGGAGUAUCCUGCGAAUAUUAUUGCCCAGCGACUUCCCGUCGGAACUGUAAUCUCAUGUUUUGUUGUCGCCUGGGGAGCAGUCCUCAUGAUAACGGCCAGCUGCAACAAUUUCACCGGCAUGGCUAUCUGCCGCUUUCUCCUCGGUUGCUUUGAAGCCCCGAUUACUCCCUGCUUCAUGAUGAUCGUUGCCAUGUGGUAUCUGCGGCAGGAACAGCCUUUCCGAGCUGGAUGUUUCUACUGCUGCAAUGGCAUUGGAUCAAUGCUCGGUGGCUUGAUAACGUUUGCUAUUGGCCAGCUACAUGGGUUUCCUGUCUGGAGAGCAGUGUUCCUCAUCUGUGGCGGUGUCACGGUGCUCUGGGGAGGCAUUUUGCUCCUCUUCCUUCCAAACAGCAUUCUGUCCGCCAAGCGAUUCACGAUCGAGGAAAAAAUACUGCUUAUCGGAAGAGGAAAGCAGAACCAGACGGGCAUUCUCAACCGUUCGAUCAAGUGGUACCAGAUCCGAGAGGCAUUCAUCGAUCCCCAAGUCUGGCUCGCGUUCCUUUUUGUCUUGUUCAAUGAGACGAGUAACGGAGGUGUUGCUAAUUUUGGCAAACUUAUCAUCAAAGGACUGGUCUCCAGUCCUCUCCUGACCACAGCCCUAGGCAUUCCACAAGGAGCGUUCCAGGUCUUCUUUAUUCUUUCAGGGACCUACCUCUCCUCGCGCUUCAAGAAUAUCCGCACAAUCAUCAUGGUCAUCUACCUCAUACCCACCGUGAUCGGCGUGUGUCUACUCUGGCAGCUGCCGCGAACCAAUCGCUACGGGGUCCUCUUUGGCUACUACAUCAUCGGGUCAUAUGUUACCUCCCUCGUCCUCUGCCUCCAAAUGCCCUCGAGCAACACAGGCGGCUACACCAAACGAGUCACCGCAACCGCCCUCGUUUUCCUCGCAUACUGCGUGGGAAACAUCGUCGGUCCGCAUGCCUUCCUGGCUGAAGAAGCACCCGUCUACGCGACCGGAUGCAAGCUCAUUCUGGCAUGUGCGCUGGGCCAGAUGGCGUGCACUAUAGCCUUACGAGUGUUGUUGAUCAGACGAAAUACGCGGCGAGACGCUGAGGGCGCUGACGCGCCUGGAGAUGAGCAGGUUCUGGCGGACUUGACGGAUUUCGAGAAUCCUCGGUUUCGAUAUGUCGUCUAG